UGCAAAGCCRGACCGGAGGGGGAGGCAGGCUAACCGAAGGAAAGAGCAGCGGGGGGGAGUUUAGGCAGUGUCCCGUAUUUGGAAUAAGCCAGGGACCAGAGAAUACAGUUUUAACUUUUGGCGUUAGACAAGAUUAACCUUCGAAUUAGGACUUUUAUUUUUGACGGGCUGUCGGAACUCGUCAACAAACUAUCGUUUUGAACUGUGGACAAACUAAAAAAAAAACAAACAAAAAAAAAAACAAGACAUUUUGGACGAAGAAUGGGAUUCAAAAUACGUUUCUGCAGCAAGUGAGUGAGCUGGGAGAACAAGGGCACAUUUCCCACUUGGAUAAAAAAAAAGAAAYUACUGUGUUGACGCGGAGUUUUGAGCAUUAACGCCGCAUGCUACAACUUAUAGAGGAAUAAGAGGGGAUGAGAUGCCGUUUGGAAGCGGAGAAAAGUAGCGUUAGCUCCCCGGGCUAACAGAGCUAGCCUAGCAGGCUGCUUCCUAAUCCUGUGUCGCCCUUCAUUCCUGGAGCAGAGGAGGGGCGCUGGGGCUUUGUAGCAUUGCAGGUCUUGUGUUUUCGGGGUUGCUGGAAGAAUGGAGACCUCCACACAUCUGCCACAGCACAGGGAGGUCUGCUGAAGGGGAAUCCGCUGGAUUAUUAUAUGUUUCUCACCCACAAUAAAAGAAAAAGAGCAGCAAACUGCUAGCUAGGGUUGCGGUGUAAAAAAAAAAAAAAAUCCACCGGCCUGGUUCUGUAAACAAUUGUGACCAAGUCUCUUUUAUUUCUUAUGCACCCUGCCGCGGAACACUGUUAAAAUGGGCAGGUUCUGCACGUUUUACCCUCCUCUUCGAUUYUUAUUUCGGAACAAGUCGGUUUUACAGCAGAAUUAGCCCCCAUCCUCAACAACAACAAUAAAGUUGGACCGUUUUCGAGACAUUCUCAAGGUGAGGGAACUUCUUCACMGGCCUUAGAGGAGUCUUAUUUGAGUUGUUCUGAUUUACCCUUCAUCAUCAUUGCUUUAAAAGACAAGAAGACGGAUUAAUCAUGUCUGGAGAGGUGCGUUUGAAGAAGCUGGAGAAUCUGAUCCUGGACGGUCCAUCUCAGUCUAAUGGGCACUGUUUAAGUGUGGAGACCCUGCUGGACAUCCUAGUCUGCAUCUAUGAUGAGUGCAACAACUCUCCGCUCAGAAGGGAGAAAAACAUCCUGGAGUUUCUGGAUUGGGCCAAACCCUUCACCUCCAAAGUGAAGCAGAUGCGCCUGCACAAGGAAGAUUUUGAGAUACUUAAAGUGAUCGGGCGUGGUGCAUUCGGAGAGGUUGCAGUGGUAAAAGUGAAAAACACUGACAAAGUAUUUGCUAUGAAGAUUCUCAACAAGUGGGAGAUGCUCAAGCGAGCUGAGACAGCAUGUUUUCGGGAGGAGCGAGAUGUUUUGGUAAACGGGCACUGUCAGUGGAUCACCACCCUGCACUAUGCAUUCCAGGACGACAAUAAUCUGUACCUGGUCAUGGACUACUAUGUGGGUGGUGACCUUCUGACUCUGCUCAGUAAAUUUGAGGAUCGAUUGCCAGAGGAGAUGGCCAAGUUCUAUCUGGCUGAGAUGGUACUGGCCAUUGACUCUGUUCACCAGCUUCACUACGUCCACAGGGACAUUAAGCCCGACAACAUUCUGCUGGAUAUGAAUGGCCACAUCCGCCUGGCUGACUUUGGCUCCUGCCUUAAACUCAUGGAGGAUGGGACUGUCCAGUCCUCAGUGGCAGUGGGAACUCCUGACUACAUCUCCCCUGAAAUCCUGCAGGCCAUGGAAGAUGGGAAAGGCAAGUAUGGGCCUGAGUGUGACUGGUGGUCCCUGGGCGUCUGUAUGUAUGAAAUGCUGUAUGGAGAGACUCCCUUCUAUGCAGAGUCCUUGGUGGAAACUUAUGGGAAGAUCAUGAACCACAAGGAGCGAUUCCAGUUCCCACAGCAGAUAACAGAUGUGACAGAGGAAGCCAAAGAUCUGAUUCGCCGGCUCAUUUGCAGUCGGGAGCACAGAUUGGGCCAAAACGGCAUUGAGGACUUCAAGCAGCACCCGUUUUUUGCUGGCAUUGACUGGGAAAAUAUUUUGACAUGCGAGGCCCCCUAUAUCCCAGAAGUCAGUAGUCCAACAGAUACCUCCAACUUUGACGUAGAUGAUGACUGUCUAAAGAACUCGGAGACCAUGCCCCCUCCUUCUCACACAGCCUUCUCUGGUCACCACCUGCCAUUUGUGGGUUUCACCUAUACAAGUAAAUGUUCCCUAUCAGACCGGGGUUGCCUGCGACAGCUUGUUACUGAGCUGGGUAGGGUGGYGCAGGACAAGGUGGACCUGGACGUCCAGCGCAGCCUUGAGGACAGCCUGGCCACAGAGGCCUAUGAGAGGAGGAUUCGCCGUCUGGAGCAGGAGAAACUAGAGCUGAGUCGCAAACUGCAAGAGUCAACUCAGACAGUGCAGGCGCUGCAGCACCCAACAGGUGAAGGACCUCUCAGCACCAACAAGGAAGUGGAGAUCAGGAGUCUAAAGAGCGAGAUUGACAUUCUCAAGAAACAGAUCGCUGAUUCAGGCCAACUGGAGAAGCAGCUGGAGGACGUUACAUCAGCUUGCAGGGACCUAGAGGACUCAUCUAAACACACCAAGACUCUGGAGAAACAGAUGAAGAGCCUCACACAGGAGAGGGAUGAAUUACAGAAGGACAUUUUGGGUGCCAGUGAGAAGCUGAAGACUCAGUCAAAAGAGCUGAAGGAGGCCCACAGUCAAAGAAAACUGGCCAUGCAGGAGUUUUCUGAGCUCAAUGAGAGACUAACAGAACUCAGGUCUGUGAAGCAACGCCUUACUCGUCAGCUGAGGGACAAAGAAGAGGAGAUGGAGAGCCAGAAUCAGAAAGUUGAGGCACUCCGCCUUGAGGUGCGAAAGGCUGAGAGGGCCAAAAAAGAGAUGGAGGUGCAGGUGGAGGAGCAGGCAGCAGAGGCUCAAAAAGAGAAGAAGCUCAGAGAACGGAAUGAACAGUACAGCAGACAGCUGGAGGAGGAACUUGAAGGGCUGAAGGUGACUGUAGAUGACAGUUAUACGGUGAAGCAGGCCGGCUCCUCCGUUGCCCCAGCAUCAGCAGACCAGACCCAUGAGUUGGGCCGCCUGCGUGCAGAAAUGGAGAAGAAAACCCUGUUGUUCGAGGAGGAGUUGUCGCGCAGAGAGGCACAGCAUAGCACCGAGCUGAAGGCCCUGCGCAAAGAGCUGCGAGAUGCUGAGAGCCAACAGCUCACUCUACAGAAGGAGAUCCUGAUGCUCAAAGACAAACUGGACAAGAUACGCAGAGAAAGCCAAAAUGAGCGGGAAGAUUUUGAGACAGAGUACAAGCAGAAAUAUGAGCGAGACAGAGUCCUGCUCAGUGAAGAAAACAAGAAGCUGUCCAGUGAACUUGACAAGUUGAACAUCAUGUUUGAGAAAGUGAGCAGCUCCAACCGGCAGCUGGAGAAUGAGAUGAGGGAGCUGGCUGAUAAAAAGGAAAGCGUGGCUCACUGGGAGGCCCAGAUCACAGAAAUCAUCCAGUGGGUGAGUGACGAGAAGGAUGCUAGGGGUUACCUGCAAGCUCUGGCCACUAAGAUGACUGAGGAGCUGGAGGGUUUAAGAAACGCCAGCCUUGGAGCCCGAGCCACGGACAUGCCAUGGAAGAUGCGGCGUUUUGCCAAGCUGGAUAUGUCUGCGCGUCUUGAGUUGCAGUCAGCUCUGGACGCUGAGAUCAGAGCCAAGCAGAGCAUCCAGGAUGAGCUAAACAAGGUCAAAGCAGACAACAUCUCUACAGAAUGUAAACUGCAGAAGGUGGAGAGUAAAAACCAGGAGCUGCUCACAGAGAUUGAACGGCUAAAGAAAGAGAUGGAUGAGCUGCGGCUGCGAAGAGGUGUCAAACACCAGGAUUCACAGAAUUCCUUCUUGGCUUUUCUCAAUGCUCCCACCUCAGCCCUCGACCAGUUUGAUCACUCGCCGUCCGUUGGCUCUACUAGCAAAGGCAGACGUUUGGACUCUAUGGACACUAUGAAUAACUUCACCCCUUCUAACACUCCGUCACGGGACGACGACCACAAGUCCCACCUCAAGUCCCGUUCACGUUCACCUUCCAUGGCCAGCGACAUGGAGCCCAUAGAGUUGAUAGACCACCCAGCCCGUACAGUACAGACCCCCACCAUGCGCCCAGGAGGGUAUGGCAGUAUUGGACGUUCUUCACCCAAGCCCAAAGCUCAUCAGUUUGUUGUGAAGUCUUUCACCACACCCACAAAGUGUAACCAGUGCACCUCUCUCAUGGUGGGGCUCAUUCGACAGGGUUGUACAUGUGAAGUGUGUAAUUUCUCCUGCCAUGUCACGUGUGCGGACAAAGCUCCAGCUGUUUGUCCAGUGCCCCAGGAUCAAACCAAGGGUCCGCUGGGCAUCGAUCCACAGAGGGGGAUUGGGACUGCGUAUGAAGGUCAUGUGAGGGUACCCAAACCCUCAGGGGUGAAGAAGGGUUGGCAGAGGGCGAUGGCUGUGGUGUGUGACUUCAAACUGUUCCUUUAUGAACUUGGAGAAGGAAAAGCAAUACAACCAAGUGUGAUAGUCAGCCAAGUCAUAGAUAUGAG